GAGAUCGAUCUUCGAGACACCCAGGAAGAACGCCAUGGACUUAAAACAUUUCUUACACUGGAACUGCUUCAUUUGUUGAUGAUAAAGAAUCAACGGAGUCAUGCAAAUGAGAAAGUGUUGAACGCUUGAUCGAGGCGCUCCAGGCUCUUCUACCGAUAGAGUGUCUCAUUCCAGUAGAUGAUAGAGCAAGGAUAGGUUUGAGAGACCAUUCGAGAUAAUAACGGACAUGCACGCUUAUGAUCUGUAGCCCGCUCCUUUCUUGCCGUGUGUGUCUUUUGAUUUGUUCGAUUAGUUUUGAAAUUUGAUACGGGAUAACCGAGUCGUCAUUGACAUACGUAUUCGAGUUCAAGGACAAAGUGCACCGAACUGAACGCUGGGUCAUUCAGAGACGUUCGCUGGUGCGCAGCAGAGCAUCGUGGGAUCUACGCCACCUGCUGAAGAUUGAAGGGACUCUUGAACUCAUCGCGCUGGACUUAAGUCACUCGAAAUAUUGCCGAGAUUAAUAUUUGCUCGAUAAGGACUAAUUUCAGCUGUAGGGAUCGAUAAAAUAAAACAAUUUAAGAGGCAGCAUACUUUUUGAUAAGCGAGAUAACUUUAUAUUCGUUAAUAUCAGACGGAGAGGGAUAAAGUUCAAAUUGUCAGUGAAUUCUUGGAUCAGCGCGUUUAAAAUCCAAUCUUCACCUGUGCAAAGAACCAUGUUGCGCUUCAACUUGUAGACACUUUAAAUUUUAAAAUCGGAACACGUUUUCAAAAUCGCAAUAAAUCUUUUGGAUACUGGCGGAUCGCUGAUUGUUAAUAAUUGUUACUAAGGAAUUCUGCGAUCAAGGUCCUCUUGGGAUUUUGACAUGCUGAAUCGUCAGAUCAGUUGCAUCUAACAGGCAAAGAUGGGGACGGCGUCGGCAUACUGGGCGUACACAGUGGCCCUGAGUUUGAUCAUGCUUCCGAAGGAUACAUUAUCAGCACAGCGAAUCAAUAGCUUCUCGUGCAGUGACCGAGAUGGCACCUUCACGGAAGAAAUCUUCAAAUUAAGAUCGUGCGCCACGUGUUUCACGUAUCUGUUCCGGAAUCGUAAUGACGUCGUAAGGACUGGGCCAUUCGGUCACUUGCUGAAUCGCACCAAGCAUAAGGUGACAAACGACCGAGUGGAAUACCUUGGUUAUGAGCUACACUACCCGGAUAUCACUAACAGCUCCACGAUCACGGCGCUCUGUGAUACUCUCAGUACCAAUGAUUGCCAGCGUUGGCGACAGUGCUGCCAAGCAGGUCAGGAAUGUUGUCACCACCAGCAAGCCUCACCCUCAGGGACUAUUGGUACAGCUUGUCGCAGUACAUGGGAUGGAUGGCUGUGUUGGGAUGAGAUGCCCCCGGGGACGGAAUUCCAAUACUGCCCAGAUUACGUUCUCGAAGGAGUAGAAAGGCUAAUAGGUUCAGCUCAAGCCGUGAAGACCUGCACCCCGAAUGGAACGUGGUUGAAAAAGAAUGGUCGGGAGUGGACCAACUUCAAAACAUGUCUGGCUUACGAUGCUUACCUGGUGGGGGUGUAUGUCAACCUCGGCACCAACAUCCUGAGCAUAAUGCUACUGGUUCCUGCUAUCAUCAUAUUCAUAUCUUACAGAUUCACCGACAUAGAACCUGUCGCCCGGCGGUCUUCGUCAAUGUCAAGUUGUCAUGGUAAUGGUCACGUGAAUAAUAAUGCUGUGAAGUCAGACUCCCGUACUAUGCUUGUGGGUGUCAGGACACUCCGGCGGCAACACAGAGUAAAGGUUCACACGAACUUUUUCUUCUCUUUGCUCCUGUGUGCGAUAUGCGCGGUGAUCUGGGAGAUGUUGAUCAAACACGACAGACUGAUAACACAGGACUACACCAAGACAAGAAUGCAUCAAAAUUCGGCUGGCUGUCAAGUCCUCUCAGCACUAAAGAUCUAUUUCUCAAGUACCAAUUAUUUCUGGAUGUUUUGCGAAGGAUAUUAUCUUCAUCGACUAUUAAGUGACGCCUUUCGUCCUCCGGAAAACUUAGUGCCACUAUAUCUCAUCGGCUGGGGUAUCCCGGCAGUUCCCGUAAUCAUUUAUAGCAUAAUAAGAGUUUUAUAUGCAAAUGAGAGCUGCUGGGUGCUCUCCUACCGCCAGUGGAAUUGGCUAUACUAUGUUCCGAAUAUGUUGUGUUUAGGGGUGAAUUUGUGUUUUUUAUGCAACAUCCUGCGUGUCAUUACGUCACGCCUGCAGUCACAUCCAAAUGAGCCGAGCAACUUUAGAAAAGGCCUAAAAGCAGUGUUCAUCUUAAUUCCAUUAUUUGGUCUUCAAUUGUUUGUGACGAUAUAUCGCCCUCCCAAUGGAUCUCCGGGCCUACGGCAGUACGACACCUUUCACUAUUUCAUUACUAAUUCCCAGGGCUUCUUUGUUGCACUCAUAUUCUGCUUCUUCAACCAAGAGGUCAUGAACCACUUGAAGAUGAGUUGCCGCUACUGCUGCCGCCGGCGGGGCUACCGGCGCCCCUCAAGGCAUCACAGUUACGCCACAAGCAUCACCACGGACGGCGGCAGCAGGACCAGUCCGCGAGUCUCCCUCCGCCUCAGCCGGCGGUCCUGCAACAUGGACUCGCCCAGCCGCAGCCCAUUCCUUCCAAAAGACACCCAACCUACCUGGAAUAGCCAUACGAAUAAUUACACCUUCAAGAACGGGAGUGGAAAGAAGAAGGAUAUGUAUGUGACAAUCCCUACGGAAACUCAGCCGCGGGAUUUGACUACUGUGUAGCCCUGCCAGGAUUGCUUGCUCGGGGACGACCUGGCAAAUAUCGCUGACUAUCCUCACAUACCCGUGCACGUGGUGUGUAACAAUGAAAAGCUAGGACUCUGUCUGAAUCGAUAUUGUGUUGUUGUGUCGUUUUGCUUUACAUUUCUACGACCGACUUAGAAAUCGUAUCGCUUUGCAGGGCUACCCCCGUUUCAGGCAUCGAGUAGAAAGGAAAAAGAAAUCAAGUCUUGCUCACCCACCUGUGAAUGAUACAUGUAGUUCAAAACAACACUGAUUGAUGUUUCGUCCGGAAAAAAAAUUACGGAUAUAAGAACUCGCCAAUUGUGCGGGGAUGGAUACUCCUUAUCAUGGAUAGAUUAUUACUUGGCCCACUGUUUUCUUGUAAGAUACUUUCUGUAAGGGUAACGGUAUAGCGAGGCGUUAUCUUGAACUCGCUAGUUCGUAAAGAGCUGGUUGUGAGAGCGAGUUGUUUCUCUUUCUGUAUAUAGCACAUUGUAUGAGUUAAGUUUCCUUCAUUACAAUUAUCGUUGGUACUGUCGCAAGAAUUUGUUGAUUGAGUAAAAUGAUAAUUAUAAUUAAAUCAAUAUUGAAAAUAAAUAAACUUAUUUUUCUA